AUGCUCUUCAUCAACCCACUCGCGCUUGGCUUGUCCACCUUCGCAUGUCUCACUCAAGUCAUUGCUGCUCCAGCUGAUGGCUUCGAGACCAUCGUUCGCAACACCGACAUCGAGAAGCGUGAUGAGCCGCCCCUCAAGUUCAACAUUGACCCCGACAUCACCACCAGCACUGACUGCGGCCGCUGGUACAAUGCCAACAUCAACGUCAAGUUCGCCCCCAACCCAAUCUUCACCAGUGGAGCUUGCGAUGCCAUCCGCAACUUCAUCGGCGGAGACAAGGGAGACAUGGAUGUCGAAGUGAACUUCCUCUGCCCCAACAAAGGACCAGACAGCGAAGGCGAUCUUCACACCAAGUUCCAUGUCCGUCUCGACUACAAUGUUCCUGUCGACAUGAACAAGAAAGGGGAGCAACAGAUCCCGGCCACUCUUCAUGUGUACAAUGUCAACAAGGGUCUCAACGUGCAGACUAGCAAUGUCCAUCUGGGCGGUGUUGCUGAUAAAGGCAAGAACACCAUCAAGUACCAGUUCAUUUACUGCGUAAGUCAUAUCCCAUCCGCUGCCACAUUUUACAAGAAGCUGACAGCACAUCCAGGAAUAAAUGCACGUUCCAACUCGACUUUUCUUCAGCAAGUGACUGAGAAAGUCGUGGCAUUUCACCGACUUGACUCUUUGUUGACGUCACUCUGGUCUCUGCAACCAUGUGUCCCUUGUUAUGGUUGA